CGGAAAUAGAAUAUGAAGACGGACGAAUCAGCUCGUGUUACAUCUCGCCCAGUCCGAGACCGCGAGACAGCCAGCCGAGGAGACGCCAAGCAGGUGACGAGCAUGGGCUGCUGCUUCACGAAGGAAGCGAUCGCCGAAGGCGACGUGUACAGGGACCUUGGCGACCGCGAGCCAUCAAUCGGGACCAAGCGCGACAUUGCGGCGGCCGCGGCUGAGCGCCGCAACCAAGACUUCAAGCAAGGCGGCGGCGGGAACACGGCCAAGACCAAGAGCAUUGCCAUUCGGCGCGAGAAGGACGAGCUCGUCGGCAAGAUUGAAGCGCUGUAUGGGUCGCUCGGCGAGGACGCGCCCAUCGGCCUUGCAUCCUGCGACUUGGACCAGCUCAAGGCGCACUUGGCAAAGCUCAAGCUCAAGAAGGACGCCAAGCGCAAGGUAUAGGGCCAUCAGAAAUGACGCAGAACACAUAUAUGAUACUGUACACGACAAAACUGUCUACACCG